CUCUUCUGACUUAAUGAAAAAGCAGAAGAUGGCGACACAGGUCACAGCGAGAAAUUCACAGACAGGAACAAUAGGACAUGAGGACUACAGUUUGUACAGCAGUAUGAGUGAAGAUGAGCUCAUUCAGUUGGCCAUAGAGCAAAGCCUGACAGAAGAUCCAGCAGAGCAAAUAACUGCGCAGAAGAGCAUCGUGGCAGCCCCAAGAGACCAGGUUGUGGUAAAUCAACUUUGCAACCAUAAUCCACCAUUCCCAAUUUAUCCUUGGCAAAGGCACACUGCACAGUCCGGAGGCCAGGCGCGAACUUCCAGCUCGGGGUCAUCUCAAGGGGUAAGACGGAGGUAUGACGGCAGCCUGUUCAUCACACCCCAGCCAGAAGUGCUGGAUCCCGUGGUGUCAGCGAUCAAGGGAGGAGAUGAAAAGGCAUUGCAUAGUAUGAUGCAGUCAGGAAAAAACCUUGCACAGCCAAACAAAGAUGGAUGGUUGCCACUCCACGAUGCUGCUUACUAUGGACAAGAGGGCUGCUUGAAAUUGCUGCAUAGAUCUUAUCCCGGAACAAUUGAUCAGCGUACCCUGCAGGAGGAAACGGCACUUUACUUAGCCACAAAUAGAGGGAAUAUCGAUUGCAUGCGUUCAUUGUUACAGGCUGGAGCAGAACCCGAUAUUGCAAACAAAAUUAGGGAAACCCCACUUUAUAAAGCCUGUGAACGCAAAAAUGCCGAAGCCGUCCAGGUGUUGUUGCUGUACAAUGCUGACACGAACCAUCGCUGUAAUCGUGGAUGGACUGCUCUCCAUGAAGCUGUAGGUCGAAAUGAUUUGGAAAUAAUUGAGCUUUUGGUCAAAGGCGGUGCCAAGGUGGAAGCUGCAAAUUGCUAUGGAAUCACCUCUUUGUUUGUGGGAGCUGAGAGUGGCCACUUAGAAGCAGUCCGAUAUCUCGCCACGUGUGGUGCUGAUAUCAAUACCCAAGCCAGUGACAAAGCCUCUGCUCUCUAUGAAGCGUCUAAAAACGGACAUGAAAAGAUUGUGGAGUUUCUCUUGUCCCAAGGUGCUGAUGCUAACAAAGCCAAUAAGGAUGGAUUUUUACCUAUUCACAUGGCCUCCAAAAAAGGCUAUUAUGAGAUUGUGAAAAUGCUGCUCCCAGUGACUAGCCGUACUCGAAUCAAGCGCAGCGGCAUCAGCCCUCUGCAUUUCGCAGCUGAACGCAACCAUGACGAUGUCUUGGAAGAGCUGAUUGAGGCUGGCUUUGAUGUGAACUUCACCCUCUCUUCUGAACGCUCUCGACUCUAUGAGGACAGGCGCACCACUGUCCUCUAUUUUGCAGUUGUUAACAACAAUGUCUAUGCUACUGAGCUGCUGCUUGAGGCUGGGGCCAACCCCAACGUUGAUCUCAUCAACCCACUGCUCAUCUCCAUCCGGCAUGGCUGCUUGAAGACAAUGAAGCUUCUCCUUGAUUAUGGAGCAAACAUUGAUGCCUACGUUGCUUCCCACCCUACUACUUUCCCCGCUACCAUCAUGUUCUCUAUGAAGUACCUUGUUCUGCUGAAAUUUCUGAUGGAUCUGGGCUGUGAUGCCAACUCCUGUUUUCAGUGUCGGUAUGGAAGUGGCCCACAUCCUCCCAUUGAUACUAGGAGGGACAGGUAUCAUGAUCCCCAGGUGAAUAAAGAGCAAAAUGCCAUACAGUUUUGUGAAAUGGUUUCAGCCCCGGAGAUGAGUCGUUGGGCAGGGCCCAUUAUCGAUGUUCUUUUGGAUUAUGUGGGCAAUGUACAACUUUGCUCCCGGCUGAAGGAGCAUAUUGACAGUUAUGAAGACUGGUCUAACAUUAAAACCAAAGCAGAGCCACCAAGGCCACUUGCUCACCUCUGCCGGAUCAAAGUUCGAAGUGUGAUUGGGAAGAAUCGAAUUUCGCUUAUUGACACUUUGCCUCUGCCUGGGAGAUUGCUUCGCUAUCUACAGCAUGAUUUCACCCAGUGACCUCAGAUGAACCUGGCAGUCAAUCAUUUCAUGGAGUGACAGUCAUAUUUAUGAUAGAGCACAAUCACAUGAUG